AUGGCGGCGAUCACGUCCGUUAUGUCCACAGAUGGAAUCCUCACAAUCACUGCGCCAAAAAUGAAAACGGAAACUACAAAGGAAAAUAUCAUCACUCAGACUUCCACUUUGAAUAACUGUGAGAAAGUCAGCCAAACUCGAACACAAAUGGCAUCAAACGACGAAUCGGAAACUACACAGUCAAGUCUUAGCACAGACUCAGAACACUCGUCUUCUGCACGAAAAGAAACUUGUUCUUGCCAUUUUGGGACCAAAGGAACAGCUGAUUCCUCUAGACUUCACCGCGGUUCGAGGGACACUCUCUUGCCCAUCACUCGAAGGGGAGACUUCUUCCAGGACUCAUUCUUCUCCGGUAUACACCGCAAUUUCGACGCCUCCAUCAGGAAGGUCCUCAACGGCUGGAAUGACGCCGACCUCCAGCUGGCGGACUUCUGGGACGAGGACGACUUCCACCGCAGCGACAGACUGGGCCGCUACAGACAGCUGCGAUCGCGGAACCUGUGGAGUGACAACCAGGCCGUUACAGUCACUUCGGAUAAUAUUAGUUAA